AUCAAAAAAGAGGUUUGUCUUAUUCUUUGCUCUUUGGGACUUCGCUUCGGCCAUUUACUUCCUUCUACAGCCUCUUACUCUGCAUCGGCUUAGAUUCGACCCUUUUUAUUGAGUUCAUAACCUUCGAGGAUAUAUUGAGGUCCAGAAAUAGAACCCGCGACUUUAGAAUCUGCAGAAAAGUUGAACCUAUUCGAGUAUCAGAAUCCUUAGUCAAGGGGAUUCUAAAUGGAGAAUAAGUAUGGCGGCAGUCAUGGUAUAGUUAAGCACCGCAGUGGGAUAUGGACAUUCCUGAGAGAUGGAGACUUUGAGGAAGAAGAAGUGUGGGAUGUUAUGAAAGACAGAAAUGAUCAUCAUGGGAUUUCCAAGUCCAAGGUUGUAACAUCAUCAUCGCCUUCUCCAAUUGCUGUCCCCAGACCCCUCCCAACAGCAGCAAAAAUGAUUCCAAUAAUGGCUGCUGCUAGCAGCAAUAACAAUAACAGUAGUAUCAGUACCAGUUCCUCUCAUAAAACGCAGGUGGUUCUACACCAAUCUGCACCUGUCAGCAUUCCUGACUGGUCAAAAAUUUACAGGACAAACAAAAAGACCAAGACUGCCAAUGAGGAUUAUGUUUCCAGGUGUGAUGAUGAUCAUGGUUUAGACCAUUAUUGUCACAAUGAUGACGACGACGACGACGAUGAUGAAGAAGAUGUUGAAAAUGAUGAUGAAUUUGAUGCAAGGCUACCUCCACAUGAAUUUAUUGCUAGAAGGCUUGCAAGGAGUCAGAUAUCAUCAUUUUCUGUACUUGAAGGAGUGGGAAGAACACUCAAAGGUAGGGAUCUCAGCGAAGUGAGGAAUGCUGUUCUCACAAAGACUGGUUUCCUUGAAUCUCUUUGAAGAAGCAAAGUAUUCUCACAACGUAAGAGAGGAAUAUUCAAGCUGUAGUAGUAAUAUUUGUACUGUAAAUGCUGGUGGUGGUUGUUCUUUAGUGUCUAAAAUCCACACAAUUUAGUGUAUUCUUAAUUAAGCUGUGGAGGGGUUUGGUGUUGGUGUUGGCUUGAGUUCGUGCAAUGCAAGAAUGUCGCAUUAUUUCUUCAAAUUUCUUGUAAAUGUGUGAUUUCCAGGUUGAGCUUUGGCUCUUGGUUCUCUACUUGGUCUGCGAUGCUUCGUUCUGUUUUUUUUUUU